CUUGAGCAAGAAGUGCUUUAGUUGCAAAGUGAAGUCCCAUGGCUGAGGAAAAGCAGUUGAAGGGAACCUCCGGGGAGACCCUGCCUGUGUCUGACCACCACUGUCCUCAAGCAGCACAAGCAGAGGACGAGCGGGGAGGAUGCGAAGAGGAGCUCAAGAGGGGCCCCGACCUGUUGCAGAUGCUAAAGGCUGCAGAGAGCAGGUGGGCCCCCCAACAGGGUCAGGAAAAAGGAGAGGCCGGGACGGAGGAGGUCGUCAGCGAGGCGCUGAAGACUGACAUGCAGAUACAGUUGACGGAGCAGAAACAAGAAUUCAACAAGCGUCCCAUCAUGGCCGUCCCGCGCCCGCUGUCUCGCUCUGGCUCGCAGUCAUCCGUUGACAGCUACAAUUCAGCGGACAGUGCCAACUCUGAAGACGACAACUCACCUAGAAACAAAGUCCAGAAGACCUCCAAGGGCGUCUCGGACUUUUGCAUUAAAAAUAUCAAACGGGCUGAUUUUGGACGUCGUGAAAUUUGCAUUGCAGAGCAAGAGAUGCCUGCGUUGAUGGUUCUGAGGAAAAAAGUGGGUAGCGAGAAACCUCUGGCUGGAGCCAAAGUGGUUGGCUGCACACACAUCACUGCUCAAACGGCGGUUCUAAUUGAGACACUGUCAGCGUUGGGGGCUCAGUGCCGUUGGGCCGCCUGUAACAUCUUCUCCACCCAGAAUGCCAUAGCCGCUGCUCUGGCUGAAGGAGGCACAUCCGUGUUUGCAUGGAGAGGCGAGUCAGAGGACGACUUCUGGUGGUGCAUCGAUCGCUGCGUUGGUGCUGAAAUUUGGGAACCCAAUGUGAUUCUAGAUGACGGUGGUGACCUGACCCACUGGCUCUACAAGAAGUACCCCAACCUGUUCAAAAACAUACGAGGCAUUGUGGAAGAAAGCGUCACGGGUGUUUAUCGCUUAUACCAGCUGUCCAAGGCCGGCGAGUUGUGUGUUCCGGCCAUAAACGUCAACGAUUCGGUGACCAAGCAGAAGUUUGACAAUCUCUAUUGUUGCAAGGAGUCUAUCUUGGAUGGGUUGAAGAGAACCACAGACGUGAUGUUUGGCGGCAAGCAGGUGCUGGUGUGUGGAUAUGGUGGGGUUGGGAAAGGUUGCUGCGCCGCCCUGAAAGCAUUGGGUGCUGUCGUGUACGUGACAGAGGUGGACCCCAUCUGUGCCAUCCAGGCCUGCAUGGACGGCUUCAGAGUGAUCCAGCUGAGUGAGGUGGUCCGACACGUUGACGUGGUCAUCACCUGUACAGGUAACAAACACGUGGUGGCCAGGGAACAUCUGGACAGGAUGAAGAAUGGCUGCAUUGUCUGCAACAUGGGACACUCCAACACGGAGAUAGAUUUGGCGAGUCUGCGCACUGCAGAGCUGCGAUGGGAGCACGUGAGACCUCAGGUGGACCACGUCGUAUGGCCGGAUGGAAGGAGAAUCGUCCUACUGGCCCAGGGUCGUUUACUGAAUCUGAGCUGCUCCACUGUGCCCUCUUUUGUCCUCUCGGUCACUGCCACCACUCAGGCUCUGGCUCUCAUUGAGCUGUACAACGCUCCAGAAGGACGCUACAAACGGGAUGUCUACUUGCUGCCAAAAAAGAUGGAUGAAUACGUGGCAAGUCUUCACCUCCCUGGUUUUGAUGCUCACCUCACCGAGCUGACUGACGAUCAGACCAAGUACUUGGGCAUUGGCAAGCAUGGACCUUUUAAACCUAACUAUUAUAGGUAUUGACUCCCUGGACUACCAAGAUGAUCUUUUUAUGUUAUAUUAUUUAGAAUAUUCCUUUGAAACCUACUGUAAACAUGGCUGACUAUUCACCAUUGUUGGAUUGUCCAGUCUUUGACAGAAUUUCAUUUUCUCUCUGUGCAUUUAGCACAAUCGAGAUGAUAAUAAUAGGUUAUAUAUAGUAUAUAGUAUAUAUGUACUGUGAAUGUUUUUCAUUUUUAUUCAAAAUAGUUCAUAGGUUUGUUGAAUUUUAACAUGACACAUGUAGCACACAAAAUACAACUAAUGCUUUUUUGUGUCACAGGGAGAUUAGAACAGUAGUACAUUAAAUGACCAAGUGACUGAUUUGUAAUUUUUAUUGAGGGUAUUCUACUUUUGCAUAUAUUUGCUAAUUAGAAUCAAAGAGGUCAUUGAAGUCAUUUCCUCGCAACACCAGCAAAAAUAUAAACUACAACUUUUUUUUUUUACAUAUACUGUUACUAUAAAAUUACACUCAAAUGCUCACAUGACAAACACUCUUAUUAAAAGCUUUUUUCCAUCACUGAGCUGCCGGUCCAUAAAUUAGGUUACACCAGCUCAGUUUUCGCAUCUUUCCGCAGCCUCGUUAAUCAUACGUAUCCAAAAGUGAUGUAACAUCAUUAAGUCGGGCAGAGGGUCGAGGGCUUCUUCAUAGAGGAAAUGACAUUACUGCUGAUUUUCUUUUAGCCCCUUUGACCCGCUUCUAGACACAAAAUGAAUAUUGGGCUUGG